AGCAUCCCCAAUUCCAGUGUGAGCAGAGAGCUGUGGCCCGCUAAAAAGCUCCACCAACACUCUUUCCCGCUCUGCUCCACAGCACAUUUUGCCUGCCCAACGCCAAUAAUUCAUAUCUCUGGUCACAUUUAGGGUUUCCGACAAAGAAAAAAAGAUUAAAUUAGGAUUUCAAAAUCGGAUACAUGGCGGUCCUCAACUGGAAGCACCACACUCUUCUUCAAGCGUUGAUGACCCGCGGCCCACUCAAGGAGAACGAAUUCCACAAGAUCUUCUCUGCCGUCACCGGAAAAAACCCACGUUCUUAUGAACGUGAUUUUAAUGAUUUCCUUCUGAAGAUAAACAAGGAACUUUCAUAUGUUCAAAUGGAGUUGCGGCGCUGUAGAAACCAGAAUGAUGGUGAAGUUUGUUAUGGACUUGUUAAUAAUGUUUCUGAUGAUCAAUCAAAGCUUGGAACUAAAUACUCUGUUCCACAGAUUGCUCUGUACAAGGGUGUUAUAGAAGCAAUAAUGCAGGAUGCCACAGCCCAGGGUUGCAUAUCCACCUUUACUGCUCUCAAUACACGGCUGGAGAACCAGGUUCAUAGUGGGACAGAAUCACAAUCACAAGGUGGUUCAUCUCAAGUUCCUCCUGCAUUAAGGAAUUUCUCUAUGUCCCAGAAAGAAAAAACUCUUGAUGAACUUGUGUGUGACAAGUGGCUCUGUCACACCCCUGACGGUGACAUUGGACUUGGUGUCAAAUCAUACCUUGAUUUGCGGAGUUGGUUUCAUAAUUCAGGCAUUCCAUCAUGUGAAGUGUGCAAUGAAGCUGCAAUAAAGGCAAAAGUGUGCCAAAAUGAAGGCUGUAUGCUCCGGAUUCAUCACUACUGCCUGAAGAAGAAAUUUUCACAAAGCAGGGGUAAAAUAAUUUGUCCAAGUUGUAGCACUCAAUGGGAAUGCCAAAUUCCCAAAUCUGAAGUGGAAGCGUUAGAGGAUGAGCUGAAUGAGCCUACUGAGAGCCAACCGCUUGCAGUAUCCAAAAGGAGGAAGCUUAAAGCCAACAGAAAUGCUGAUGCAGAUACCGCUGGAUGUGGCUCAUCUCAAGGUCCAUCUGUUCCAGAGCUGAGAAGAGUGACUCGGUCAUCUGCUAGACCAAGGUAAAAAGUCUCUUUAUUAUUGAAUAUUCCUGUAUAUUUUGAUACAAACCGACUCUUUUGGACACAGGCAAUGUUAUGCUAUUGACUUAGGAUGUUGAUUUAGCAGAAAAGUUGCCAUACAUUAGAUUAAUGAGUUUAUUAAACUUCUAAUUGCUGGGGAGGUAUUCUCUCCGUUAGAACUGUUUAGCACUAUCAAAUGUGGGUCUUCAAAAAAAAAAAAGUUAUUUUCA